AUGGGGAAUGAAUUUUUUCGUGAUGCGGAUAGGUUUAACAAUUUCUUGCCAUGUGUGAGCUUUGAGAGUUCUUCGGAUCUUUAUUUUCCUUUGUUAAUACUAGCUAGAAAGUCUGGAAUAAGUUUCAGGAUGAUGGAGCCUCCAUGUGCUAAGAAGUCUCGAGGAGAUAGUAGCAGGUCAAAAUCAUCUGGAAAUUAAAGUCCUGAUCUAUGACUGAAAGUUAUGGAACGAAAAAUUUGGAAAGAUUUUCCUGAAGAUCUAUUAGAAGCUGUGAUUGCACGACUUCCCAUUGCCACAUUUUUCCGCUUCCGCUCUGUAUGCAGGCGAUGGAAUUCCUUGCUGACUUGUAAAAGUUUUUCUCAGCAAUAUUGUGCGCAAGUUCCACAAGCAAACCCAUGGUUUUACACCAUAAGGACUCAUACUCGUGAAGGUGUGAAAUCAGGAGCCAUGUACGACCCUUGUAUUCAAAAAUGGUAUCAUCCCAUUGUACCAACACUGCCCUCAAAGUGUAUUGAUUUAAUAGUGGGUUCUGCUGGGGGUCUAGUUUGCAUCCUUCACAUAGGUCAUAAUCGUCGAAACUUGUAUGUCUGUAACCCACUGACAAAAUCUUUCAAGAAGUUGCCAGCUGCAUCAGUUUAUUCUUGUCAUGCUGUAGGGAUGACACUAAAUGGGAACUCAGAUGGUGCUGGCUACAAGAUCCUAUUGGUGGAUAGCCAUGCAGAAUAUAAAAUUUUUGACUCAGUAAGAAAGUCUUGGAGCUCUCCAAAAGCCAUGCCUGCAGGUAUUGAGAUGCCGUUAUCAGUCAGCUUUAGGUCACAAGCUGUUUCUAUUGACAGCACAUUUUAUUUUAUGCGUCCAAAUGCAGAAGGGAUUGUUUCCUAUGAUAUGGCAACUGGUGUUUGGAAACAGUACACGAUCCCAGCGCCGUUGCAUCUGAGGGAAUACAAAUUGGCAGAGUGUGAUGGCCGGAUUAUGCUUGUGGGGUUGAUCAUAAACAAUGAUGCCACGUGUUGUGUAUGCAUAUGGGAGCUGCAGAUGAUGACGCUUUUGUGGAAGGAAGUUGACAGAAUGCCAGAUGUGUGGUGCUUGGACUUCUAUGGGAAGUACGUUAGAAUGACUUGUAUGGGAAACAGAGGUUUACUCUUGUUGUCCUUGAUGACAACACAAAUGAAUCCAUGGGUUACUUACAACAUAGCAAGUAAGGAAUGGGCCAAGGUUCCUGGGUGUGUGGUGCCACUUGGAGAGAGAUGGCAAUGGUCUGGUACUGUAUUUCAUCCAUCCUUGACUGCAAUGCCUUGA